AUGUCCAUCACGUGCGGGCCUUGUAACUUGUCGUUGAUAAAUUUAGCUUGUAGAAGAGUAAUCAAUGCUUGGCAUUGCUGGCAUCUGGCAAAUAUCGAUCCUAAACAGGACUCCCUGAGUGUUGCAACAGCGAUGAGUGAAGCUGCCAAUGGGUUGCCAGCCCCAUGGACCGUCAGAUACAGCAAAUCGAAGAAGAGAGAGUAUUUCUUCAACCCUGAGACUAAAGCAUCCCAAUGGGAGGAACCGGAAGGUACCGAUCAUGGAUUGUUGAAACAAUAUCUUGCUGAGCAUCCUGUGCGUGUCAGAUGCCUGCACAUUUUGUGCAAACACAGCGACUCACGUAGACCGGCGUCCCACAGAUCUGAGCAUAUCACGAUCUCCAAAGCAGAGGCUAUCGAAGAGCUGCAGGAGAUCCAGAGGAGAUUGGAGAGUGGCGAGAGUUUUGAGUCGCUUGCUAAGGAGAGAUCCGACUGUUCAUCCUAUAAGAGGGGUGGCGAUUUAGGCUUUUUUGGGAAGGGUGAAAUGCAGGGCAGCUUUGAAAAGGCUGCCUUUGCAUUGAAAGUUGGAGAAACUAGUGGUGUAGUAGAGACCGAGAGUGGCGUUCAUCUUAUCAAACGAGUCCAAUAG